AUGGAGACGCUCGUCCUACUCUCUCUGCUGUGUCUCUUCAUCUCUGGUAUUGCCGACGCUCAGAUGCCUGGUAAGAGCUUCUUCAUCGUAAAACGACCAACUAUUUCAUAUGUUCCUUUUAGUUGGUAUUUCGCGGCAAUAAGAGCCUCUGACGACUGGCUUUAUCGCCCUCCUGUUUGCUGUCUUUCAUUGUUUGAAAGUCUGCCUGUGGUGUGAAAUUUGAUGCCUGCGAGAGUUAGGCAAACUGACCGAACAGGAGUAGGAUGUCUUCCGUAUUGUUUCUUUCUUACGUUCAGGGGCCUUGGCAGGGAGUACCAAUGGGCUGAGAGAAGUUUCCUGUUCUGGAGGUUGGCUAACUUCGAUAGUAUUAUUCAUUUAGAAGUGACAUAGAGGAGUUCCGACGCGUCCGAUCCAAGAUGAGGAAUAAAAGGUAAAAUUGGCUUAGAGGUGAUCGUAUGUGAACUGCAAGGGGUGGAAACAGACGAGAACUUAGAAAUUUUUGUACAAGCGAGUGACAAGGUGGGGGAAUGAUUUAAAGUUUACUUCGACGUUGAAACGGGUGUUCGACUAAAAGACUCUAACCAUGGUAUUCAGGUUUUCCUUCCAACACGGCGGUUUAUGAGUCGUAAAGUCUCUGCAGGUAGUAUUAUACUUGUCGUUGGCAGAAUGACCCGAAGAAUGCUUCUGAUUGUUAGUCCAUCUAUUCUAGUUCUAUUCUUACAUCCAAGAUUAUUAGUUUGAUUCAAUCUUUGGGAAUUAUCGUGCGAUACUAAGUUUCACGUGGAUAUCUUGGACAAAAGUUAGUUGUAAAAGGGUGAGAUUGCAUAAUCGUAAUUUGCACUCCUUGUGACGACUAAAUUUUGUUUAUGUGUCAGUGAUGAUGCAUAUGCUGCUUUAAAUAAGAUGGAUGAGUUUAACAUUAGUUUCCUUCUGAAAUUGAUCUCCCAUCUCCACGACAUGCUUUUGUUGUACUAUAAUUACUAUAAUCGUUCAUUAGCUGAAGAAAAUAAUUGAUUAGUUACCCUUGCCUAAUGAUACGAAGAAAUACAAAUUGUACAUCUAAAUGACAUUUCGGAAAGUAACCAUCUUAGUCAUCAGUCGUUCACUGUUGGCGUAGACUUGAGAUCACUGGCUAUUUAGAGACUGGUCCGUGGAGUAAAAUGCCCUCUUUAUAAUUUUUUGGCUAACAUCGUCAUCUCUUCUAUAUUUUCUUGUUUGAGGCAGGUUUUGUUAGCAUUGACUGUGGUGGUCGGGAAAACUACACUGAUGACAUUGGACUUGUCUGGAGCCCUGAUAAUCAAAUACUUUAUGGUGAAACAGCUCCUAUAUCUGUUCCUGGUGAGAACAGGAAGCAAUAUUCAACAGUGAGAUACUUCCCUGCUGAUAAUAGGAAGUACUGUUAUACAUUUGGUGUAUUAAAUAGAACGAGAUACCUUGUGAGGGCAACUUUCUUGUAUGGGAACUUUGACAACAGCAAUGUCUAUCCCAAGUUUGAUAUUUCACUUGGAGCAACUCAUUGGUCAACUAUUGUAGUUUCUGAUGCAAAUACUAUAGAAAUCGAAGAGCUCAUCUUGCUUGCCUCAUUUCCAACAAUUAGUGUGUGUCUAUCCAAUGCAAUGACUGGACGGCCAUUUAUUUCCACUGUUGAGCUUCGUCAGUUCAAUGGUUCACUUUAUUAUACAGAAUUUGAAACAAGAUUCUUUCUUGGAGUGUCUGCAAGAAUAAACUUUGGCGCGGAGAGUAAAGACUCUGUCAGGUAUUGCCAUGUUUCUCAUCAGAGUCGUUCAUUCUGACUGGUCUUCUUCUGUACAAACUAAGAAGAUACUUGUCGUUUAGUGCUCUUGAUGUUGCUUGCUAAGACCACCCACUUGACUUCGCAUUGCUUUUUAUUUUAAUCGAUAAACAUUAUUGUAUGAGUUCUUAGAUAAAAAAUAUAAUUUCUCAAGCCAGCGUUGGUUUUGUCUUUUUUUAGCUUGAUUCCCUGCGAUUUAGAUGUGCUUCUUUAUCUUACAUUUUUGUGCAUUGUUUUAUUGUGCCUUUAUCUAGUAUUUCUGAGGGAAAUUGCUUAAGGCUUCUCUAGUUGUUCAUAUUUAUGAGUCCUCCAAAUGUUAUCUUUUUAUUUCUUCCUGCUGGGUGUUUGGACCUAUUUUGGGGAAAAGUCCCGAAUUGAUUUCCAUUUGGAAACCAUUUUUUCAAGAAACAAUUUAUGGAAACGCUUGCGUUUGCCUAAAUCGGCAAUAUGUUUAUGGGUGCUCUUAGUUGUUGAUAUAUCGCUCCUGCUUCUUAAAUCCAUCAAUCCGACUGUAAACUCUGAACAGUAAGGAAGGUCUCUCCCUUUCUUUGUGAAUUUUGCCCUUCAGACCCAUGAUACUGAUGGACAGUAGGUUUUAGUGGGAGCGUGUUUGGUAUUUAAAUUCUAUGAUACCGAGAACUUGACAUGUUGCAGUCAUGAGGACAUGAUAAAGAGCCAGAUAUAUUCGUUAGGCCAGACUAGCAAGAACCGGAUGAGAAGCUGGCUGUUAUCGUCCUUGAAGCGAAACUUAAGAGGGGGUACCAAUUAUAGCUGGGCCAAUAUCUUUUGCUUUUGAGAAAGGAAGUACAAAGUAACGUUAAUGGUCUUCUUUUUUUUUGUUAAUAAGUUUCCUGGUGUUGUCCCUAAUAGCAUAAUUGUGUAUUUUUUUAAAAACAUAAUUCCAUUUUGGAAAUUUUCAUGUACAUAAUUCGUAUUUCCCAUCUAAGCAUCCGUGAAAUGUUUUCAGUUGGUACCAUGCUUUCUUGAGUUUCUAACUUCGAAGGACGGUAUAAAUAUAAAUAGCUUGUUUGACUUCCAUAGGAGUUCAUUUCGGUGUUUAGUUUCCCGAUGUCACCGUUAUCCCUAUCUCUUGUUAUGCUUCAUCAAGAAUACCUUGGUUGAGGGAAUAGUUUAUUGUUUCAGGUAUCCUGACGAUCCAUUUGAUAGAAUAUGGCAGUCUGAUUCUCUAAAGAAGGCAAAUUACCUCGUUGAUGUUGCUGACGGAACUGAGAAGGUAUCCACAAGAAUGCCAAUCGAUGUCAAUACUGGUGAAAGACCCCCAGAGAAGGUGAUGCAGACUGCUGUUGUGGGUCAGAAUGGAUCUUUAACCUACCGGUUAAAUCUUGAGGGCUUUCCAGGCUUUGGGUGGGCGGUAUCUUACUUUGCAGAAAUUGAAGAUUUGGGUCCAAAUGAGGCUAGGAAAUUUAGGCUUUUCCUUCCUGGUCCAGAAUAUUCUCAGAACACAAAGGUUGUUGUCAACGUUCAAGAAAAUGCUCAGGGGAAGUACCGAUUGUAUGAGCCAGGAUACGAAAAUAUAUCAUUUCCAUUUGUCUUGCCCUUUGCAUUCAGGAAAACAAAUGACUCUUCCAGGGGACCCAUCUUGAAUGCUAUGGAGAUAAAUCGAUAUCUGCAGAUAAGUGACGGGUCUAGAGAUGGUAGCUACCUUACCUCUAGUGCUAUCCGCUAAUGCCUGUUAUUAUCUUCUUGGCAUUUGCUGGAACUUCUUAAAGAUAUCCUUUUGGAAUUGCAGCUAUUGUUAUGGCCGGUUUUGUUUCCCAUUAUGGACUGGCACAAUGGGCACAAGAAGGUGGUGAUCCGUGCCUACCAGCUUCGUGGUCCUGGGUGCAGUGCAAUUCUGAUUCCCAGCCACAAGUUCUUUCAGUGUAAUUGUCACUAAAAUUUGUCCCCUUCUUUUUAUUUUAUCUGAGUGAGAUUCGUUUAUUUCAAAUUCCUGUAGUCAAGGAUUGAUGCAUGUAUUGUCUUUCCCAAAUAUUUUCACAAAUCGCAUUACGCUAAUGAGAUCAUGGCUUUGUGCAGUAUUCUGUCGAGGAAAAAUUUAACCGGCAGUAUUCCUUUGGAAUUGACACAGUUGACAGGCCUAGUUGAGCUGUAAGAUCGGUAUCUUUUGUCUUCAUUUUGACGUUAUACUUUAUCCUAUUAUGUCACUGAUCAUGUACAACAUCAGAUGGCUGGAUGGAAAUGGCCUCACUGGCUCUAUACCUGAUUUCAGUGGAUGCAUGAACCUUAAGAGAAUGUAAGCGUUUGUAUCAGAUAUCUCAGUGGUAUAUUUUUUUUUAAGUAUCAUCGUACUAAUUGAGGAUUAUUAUGUCUUUGCAGUCAUCUCGAGAAUAACCAAUUGACCGGUGAAUUGCCUUCCUUUCUGACCAACCUUCCAAACUUAAAGGAAUUGUAAGUCAAAGAACCAGCUGUCAAUCUAAAAGCAGAGUAACCAUAUGCUAGUUUUGCCGCAGACUGUUUUAAUGUACCAUCUACUUAGAUCUUAUGAGUUAUGACUUGUCUGGAAAGAGAGGCUACCUUAUCUAUUUACAUAGGCUCGUUUUCUGCCUAUCAUUUCUUCAAGUCCCUCCAGACUACUGAAAUAAAAUUCCUAGAUGCUCUUUGUCGAUGGCUGACUCAAGGCAUAUAAUGUUGAUUUGAACUUGCAUAUGAUUUUCUAAUUACGUCAAAAGUACCGUCUUGAUUCUGUUGUUAUAUUCAUGAUGACAGGAUGUCUGUUUAUUACAUACACUGUCUAUGAUUCAGUACCAUAUGAUUCGAAGUUACUGUCCAUGUUUCAUUCACAAUUUCAGUAUUAGCUCUAAAUCACCGACCAUUUGACUAGUAUUUGCUAAUGGCGGCAGUCAGUGAUAGUUUUCAGUGUCUCACAUGACCCUAAAGAUUUUUAUGUCUUUAUUGAUUUAAUUUUCUUGAGUCCUGGAAAAUAGAAGUUUUUGUAAUUGUGAUGUAAUAUUUGAUGUGCAUAUGUGCACUUGAAAGAGUGAGGCUAAGAGAGUUGUCAUUUAUGGUCCCCUAAUCAGGUUGUGAGAGGUGAUGCAGUGUCUCACUGUCAUUCUCCCUAUUUUGCUCUGACGUUGAAUUUAAAUGUUCAAAUUAACAUAUGAUUUUCUACCAGUUGUGUACUAGAAUGGACGGAGUGUUUUUUUGGAAAGGUGUAUUGUGGUGCGAAAGCUUUUAGGUGAAGACAAGAAUUAUGAAAACAGAAAUUAUGUUAUGAACAUUAUUCCCUUCUCAUCUCAUGAAAUGGUGAGCAUAAAAAGAAAAUUAACAAUAAACUUUAUUCUUCUCCUUCAUCUUUGCCAAUACAAUAAAGUAGGUAGCUUUCAUCUUCAUUCGUUUGCUCCAUUUCUCCACAUAUAUGAUUAAUGCGCUGAUGAUCGUUUGAUUUUUCACCCAGACACUUCUUAUUCAUUAUCGAUACUGUUGGAGCACUUUCCCCAAGUCAAUAUCCUUGGUCAUCCGGACAACCUCUGGACAAUGUGACAGCAAGUCUUUGAUUUCCGCUUACUCGGAUAAGCUUGGAUAAAUCGGAAUAUUAACUUUCACUUAUCUCUUGCCAGUUCACUAUCCUUUUUCCGAAAGUUCAUUCUAUCAACUAGAUGUGAAUCAGUGUAUACAUCCCCCUUAUCGAAUAUCUUUCUUUGCAAUGUACUCAUAUAUGCUACUAAGGUGUUGAACGCUUCAUGGGGAUUUGUCUGGUGGGAUGGGGGCAUUAUGCCGCCCAAUUUUUCUAUUAGCCAAAAGUUUUGUUCUUAUGUUUGCUUUUAUGUCGUGAUUAGUUCGGAAAGAGCCAUGAGCUCUGUUAACAAGGAUCUUUAAUUGAUGCAGGUAUGUGCAGAACAACAUGCUAUCAGGAGUGGUGCCACAAGGUCUUCUCAGUAGGAACAUUGUUCUAAAGUGGGUAUUAUUUUCUCCAGUUGUGAAAUAUGGGAGAGCAAUCUGGUUCUUUUGAAAUGUUUAUUCUAAGUAAACUGUGCUGAAAAACAAAGUAGCUGAAAACAUACUAUCAAUCGAUUUUACAUCUGUAAAAUAAUAAAUCUCAUCACUGUAUUCAUAAAAUUAUCCUGUCUGGCGGAUAGUUCUUUCUUCUAUAAUGGUUUAUAGAAAAACUUAAUUUUCAAGUCAUCCCGUCAGACAUCUUAUUACUUCUUCAGUUUUAACCUUCCCUGUGACUUGCGGAAAACAGCAAGACCUUUUUUAAGCACCUUGAGGGGGUAUUAGUGUGAUUCCAGAUAAUUUUAUGGAUUUUUCCGUAAUUAAUCAUUUUCCAACCAAGUAUGUCUGUCUUUUUUUGUGAGGUCGUUCAUAUCUAAUCCUUUUAUGAGAAAUUUUUCGUCAUUUUAUACAGUUUUUUUUAUAGUAUGGAUUGUUUCAUAAUUCAUAGGAAUACAAUUUUGAUUGCUAUUAAGAUAAUGGUAGUGAGUCGUGCAUAUGGGGGUGAAAGAUGAUGAUUAGUGUAUACGCGAUGGGCUUAACAAAUAUCAUUCGUUUUAUUUGUUUUUUUUUAUAUUAUUUAGGUGGAGAGGCUGAUUGACGAUGGGCUUCUUUUUUUAUGGUGUAAUAUGGUCUGUCAUUAGGAAAAGGAGAGAAGAAAUCGGUCUUUAUGAAAUCUCAAAAACCUACGAACAUUGUAAAUGAUGAUAUUUUCAUCCGAAUUAAGAGUGCCAUUCUAUGAUUCUAUCGAAACAAAAGAAGAUGUUGUCCCAGCAUUUUUUUUCUCGUUGUUAUAUCAUGAAACUGGACCACAGUCUGUCCCUAUUUAAUGGCUUUAGGUAGAAAGUUUAUGUUCUAUGGAAGAUCUUUUUUCGUAAAUUAUUGGCUAAUUAACAGAUUUAAUCAUUACAUUAUUUGUCUCCAUCUCAACUAUGCUACAUACCAAUUGAAUAAUUCUAUUUGUUUCAUGUUUCUUUGGUUUCGUGUUAGCUUCUCUGGAAACUCUAAUCUUCACGAAGGAAAGGGCAAGAGUAAAUCGACCAUCAUCAUACUUGCUGUACUGGGGUCUUGUUUGCUGCUCGUGGUCACGUUUGUUUGUUGCUUGCUUACACUCAAAAGAAAGGAGAAGAAGGAUUUCUGUAAAGAAGGUCGCUCAACCUCCCAAGAGACUUCCGUUUCUUGUCACAGGAUGGCAUUUAUCUCGUUCAGAACACUGCUUUUGUGUCAUAUAUUAAUAAAAUUGUAAUUUCUUUUUUCUAUCUAUAGAUGGUUCCAGCGCGGGUCCUCCUUCAAAAAAGCUCAUCUCGUAUUUCAGUGGUGUUUCUACACAAACGACACACUGCUUUCCAUUAUCUGAACUGGAAGAUGCCACUGGGAAGUUUGAAAGAAGGAUCGGUUCUGGCGGAUAUGGAAUUGUGUACUACGGAAAGCUACAAGAUGGAAUGGAAAUUGCCGUGAAGGUUUUGACCAAUGAUUCCUACCAGGGGACUAGAGAAUUCUCAAAUGAGGUAGUCUCUUUUUCCUCUCUCUUCCUUUUUUUUUUUUUUGUCUGAGAUUUUUCUUUUAUUGGAGAUUGUCUCACUGAACCAAUUAAAGUAAAAAACUUUCAACUCUUCAAUAAUGGAAGGUUGUUUCUUCGAAAUGAUAAUGGGCAGUAUCUAAGGCCCCUUGAGAUAUCAAGGGAAAAUCGAGGAUUCCUGCUCUUUCAGUGAGCUGUCAAAUAUGCAGUUAUUUGUGAAAUUUAUGAUUUUUUGUUGGUGUUUUUCAUAAUCGUAUACUUGAAGAGCCAAUGGGUAUUCGCAUGGAUUAUAUAUUUGGCGUUUCUCUUUCGACAAAUAUCAUGCUUUCUGUGUGGGUCUGCCUGCCCAUGAAGUUGCUGCGACAUCGUUAUCUCAUUUCUACUUCCUCAAGAUUUUUAUUACCGCAAAUAGUAAUGUAGACAUGAUCUUGAGAACAUGGAACCCAAAAAUUCUCAUCCUCCCGUGGUGAUUCUCCGCUGAUUUCAGGUCUCCCUGCUCUCGAGAAUUCAUCACAGGAAUCUCGUUUCAUUUCUUGGAUACUGCCAACAAGGAGGGAAGAACAUCCUCGUCUACGAGUUCAUGCAUAAUGGAACCCUAAAGGACCACUUGUUCGGUGAGUUAACUUAAUUCCCUGUUGGGGCCGGCUCUUCAGCCGUGCUGAUGAUCUCUAUUCCGAGCCGUGCAGGAUCUCUCGCCCGAGAACGGAACUUGAGUUGGAUCAAGCGGCUCGAGAUAGCCGAAGAUGCUGGAAGAGGUCGAAUCUCUAGAACUCGGCCCUUCGAUCGCGUUGUGAUUUUUUCCUCUUUUUGUUUUCUUCUCAUAAUAUAUAUAUAAUUCGGCUUGCAGGGAUCGAAUAUCUUCACACGGGCUGCACGCCGUCGGUCAUCCACAGGGAUCUGAAGAGCAGCAACAUCCUUCUCGACAGCAACAUGAGGGCCAAGGUCUCGGAUUUCGGCCUGUCCAAGCUCGCCGUGGACGGGUCCUCCCACGUGUCCAGCAUCGUCCGAGGAACAGUCGGAUACCUGGACCCCGAGUACUUCCUUCCCCCUCCACUCUUCAGCACUCUUCUUGGCUUCUCAUCAGCAGCUUUCAACUCCAUAAGAAACGCAAUCGAUCUCGAUUUCGCAGGUACUACGUCUCCCAGCAGUUGACCGACAAGAGCGACAUCUACAGCUUCGGGGUCAUUCUCCUGGAGCUGAUCUCCGGUCAACAGGCGAUAUCAAACGAGAGGUUUGGAGUCAACUGCCGCAACAUCGUCCCCUGGGUGAGUUCUACUCCCGUGGCCUAGAAUUGCGGGUCUGGGUCUAAAAAUUGGGCACCGCAGGGGAAGGCGCACAUCGAGAGCGGGAACAUUCAGGGGAUCAUCGACCCGGCUCUGGAGAACGAGUUCAACAUCCAGUCGGUGUGGAAGAUAGCCGAGAAGGCGCUGAUGUGCGUGCAGCAGCACGGGAUGUCGCGGCCGACCAUGUCGGAAGUCCUCAAAGAGAUCCGCGAGGCGAUAUCCAUCGAGAAAGGGAUCGACUCGGGUGGAGACGACGACAUCGACAUCAUCUCCGGACAGCACUCCAGACACUCCUCCGCCCACCUGGACCCCUUGGACGCGCCCAUCUCUGGGCCAAGCAACCUCUCCUUCGGCGACAACAUCUUGCUCCCCUCCGCCCGGUGA